UGGUCUUGCCCAUCACUGGCACCAAUCAGCUUUGUUGAUACGAUUACGUGAAUUAUUUUUGCGAAUUAAAUUCCGUCAAAUACUCAAAAUCAAGCAAAAAUGUUCUCUCCAUCGCGUGCCCUUCGCCCGGCCUUGAGCCGCUGCUACACCCAGAUUAAAGGCGGACCCGUUUCCGGAGGAAGCAGCAGUUCAAAAGCCCCAAAAGCUGGAUCGCAGUCUUCCUCAGGAUCCUCCGGCCGUGCUCCCGUCACGGGACUCACCAGCAACUGCGUGAAGCCCUCCACCGGACCCGUGGGACCUGGUGCCUCAACUACUGGGGACUACAAAGUCCCGGAAUACUACAGUUUCAACCGUUUUAGCUAUGCAGAGGCGGAGGUGGAAAUGGCCAAGUACCGCUGCCCACAGCCAUCGGCACUCAGGAAGUAGACCACUGAUUAUCAACCAAUUGUAGUGAAUGUAAAAUAAACCAAAUGCGAAGCUUGUGAAUAAACAUAAAAUAAAUAUUUUACUUAUUGCAAA